UCUCAAGAUAAGUGUCUUCAGUUACAUGUGGCACAUAUAAAAUCCCACACCUCUUAACUCCUACUCCGAGAGACAGAACAAACACAUAGUUAAACAAAAAACACUCUCUCUUGACUCUUCGAAGAAAAAGUUGUCACUGUUACAGACUCGAUCAAUGGCUUUCUGUUACAGACUCGACAACUUCAUCAUCUCUGCGUUUAAACCCAAACACUCAAAUGUCCCACUUUCAAUUCAUCAUUCAUCAUCCAAUUUUCCUUCUUUCAAAGUUCAAAACUUUCCUUUCAGGGUUCGCUAUAAUUCAGCUAUUAGAGCCACUUCAUCUUCCUCUUCUACUCCCACAACCAUUGCAGAACCUAAUGACAUUAAGAUUAACUCUAUUCCUACUAAACCUAUUGAAGGACAAAAAACUGGUACCAGUGGUCUAAGAAAAAAGGUGAAAGUGUUUAAGCAAGAAAAUUACCUUGCAAAUUGGAUUCAGGCACUGUUUAAUUCGUUGCCGCCGGAGGAUUACAAGAAUGGAUUGUUGGUUUUGGGAGGCGAUGGUCGAUACUUCAAUAAAGAAGCUGCACAGAUAAUAAUCAAGAUUGCUGCUGGAAAUGGUGUUGGAAAAAUUCUGGUUGGGAAGGAAGGGAUAUUGUCAACGCCAGCCGUUUCUGCUGUGAUAAGGAAGAGAGAGGCAAGCAAAACUAACUCCUUUUUCUCAGGCAUAACAUUUUCAUUCAACUUUCUCUUUUCUUCUCAUUUUCUUAAACUUCAACAGGCAAAUGGUGGGUUUAUCAUGAGUGCGAGCCAUAACCCUGGUGGACCUGAAUAUGAUUGGGGUAUUAAGUUUAAUUACAGUAGCGGACAACCUGCACCAGAAUCCAUCACCGACAAGAUUUACGGAAACACCCUAUCGAUUUCUGAGAUAAAGAUUGCUGAUAUUCCCGAUGUUGACUUAUCAAAUGUUGGAGUUACGAAAUUCGGAAGCUUCAGUGUGGAAGUAAUAGACCCAGUUUCUGAUUACCUGGAGUUAUUGGAGACAGUGUUCGAUUUUCAGCUAAUCAAAAGUCUUAUUUCACGGCCAGAUUUUAGGUUUACAUUUGAUGCCAUGCAUGCAGUUGCCGGUGCUUAUGCAACACCCAUUUUCGUUGAUAAACUUGGUGCUAGUCCGGAUUCAAUUUCAAAUGGAAUACCUUUGGAAGAUUUUGGACAUGGUCAUCCUGAUCCUAAUCUAACAUACGCAAAGGAUCUUGUCAAUAUUAUGUAUGCUGAAAACGGACCUGAUUUUGGUGCCGCUAGUGAUGGUGAUGGUGAUAGAAAUAUGAUUUUGGGAACAAGUUUCUUCGUAACUCCUUCAGACUCUGUAGCCGUUAUUGCAGCCAAUGCAAAAGAAGCGAUUCCGUACUUUAAGGACAGUAUCAAGGGUCUUGCACGAUCAAUGCCGACAAGCGGUGCUCUAGAUAGAGUUGCUGAAAAGUUGAACCUCCCUUUUUUUGAGGUUCCCACUGGUUGGAAAUUCUUUGGUAAUCUUAUGGAUGCUGGAAAUCUGUCGAUUUGCGGGGAAGAGAGUUUUGGAACAGGUUCUGACCACAUUCGUGAGAAAGACGGAAUCUGGGCUGUAUUAGCUUGGCUUUCGAUUAUUGCUCACCGCAACAAAGACACGAAACCAGGGGAGAAAUUGGUCUCUGUGUCUGAUGUUGUGAAGGAGCAUUGGGCAACCUAUGGUAGAAAUUUCUUUUCUAGAUACGAUUACGAGGAAUGUGAAUCCGAAGGCGCAAAUAAGAUGAUAGAGUACCUACGAGAGCUUUUGUCGAAGAGCAAGCCUGGUGAUAAGUAUGGAAGUUACGUCCUCCAGUUUGCCGAUGAUUAUACAUACACUGAUCCUGUAGAUGGAAGUGUAGUAUCAAAACAAGGGGUUCGGUUUGUUUUCACCGAUGGUUCAAGAAUUAUUUACCGUUUAUCAGGAACGGGUUCUGCUGGUGCAACUGUUAGAGUGUAUAUCGAACAGUUUGAACCAGAUGUUUCUAAACACGACGUCGAUGCUCAAAUUGCCUUGAAACCAUUAAUAGAUUUAGCAUUAUCUGUUUCAAAGCUCAAAGACUUCACAGGGAGAGAGAAGCCUACAGUCAUCACUUAAUAUAAGUUUGGUUUUUCAUUUUCAGUUUUGGUUAUUUUUCCACUUUGGAGCUUAGCAUCUUUUUUGUAUAAUAUGAUAUUUUGUAUUUACUUUCAAGAAAAUGAAGUAUCAUUGUGUAACAGAAUAAAUAAUGGUAUUAAUAAUAGCUAGCUUCUAUGCAGAGAAGUUGUUCUUUUCAA